AAAUGUCAAACUUCUCAUUUCAUUACCAUUUGUCACCGCAGUGGUACCCAAAAUGGUGUCGGUGUUACAAGACAGGAUUCUGGAAUUCCAUCCAGACACACUGGAGUAUGCUAGGAAGGACGUCAAUUUGGAGAAGCAAGGAAGAAUUGAAGAAGCCGUGGAUAUUUUGGAUGAUUGGGUGAAGAAGCAGAGGCAUUUUGUGAAGAAAGAUUUUUCUCGAGACUACUUAGAAAGAACUCUUAUAAGUGCCAAAGGGAUGGUGGAGAGAGCUAAGCAAAGAAUAGACAAAUUAUGCACUUUCAAAACUUUGAUGCCUGAAUUAUAUCCUAAAACAGUUGUCAAGGACGAGUUUGCUGUUCUUGAUAAUUAUGUUCGCUAUGCUCUUCUACCAAAGAUGUCGAAGGAACACUAUAGAGUAUCCAUCUUCAAUGUUAAGUCUGAUGAUUACACAUCAGCACAUGUUCACAUCUUCUACAAAUACGUCGUUGUGCUGAACGAAUACAUAAGACUUCGGGAUUACAACUGUGGCUAUGUUAUUGUAAUGGACUUCAGAGAUGUCAACAUACUGAACUUUAUGACCAAAUGCACGCCUCUUGAACUUCGCCAAAUCAUUACUAUAAUGACGGAAGGCUACGGGAUGAGGAUCAAACAAAUCCAUAUAAUAAGUACAUCGAAAAUGGUGGACACACUACUAGGAUUUUUGAAGCAGGCUUUAAGUACCAAACUGGCGGGUAGAAUACAUUUACACAAAGACAAUGAAACUCUGUCGGAUUUCUUUCCAAAGGAAAUAAUACCUAAAGAGUAUGGAGGUGAGGAGAGGUCUGUGCAAACUCUUAAUGAUGAAUGGAGGGAUGCAGUAACUGCCAAAGACUUUGUGGAUUAUUUUGAAGAGAUGUACCAAGCGAAGACUGAUGAGUCUUGCAGACAGGCCAAUAACUUCAAUGAACAGUAUAUCGGCAUGCCUGGGUCUUUUAGAGCUUUGAGUGUAGAUUAGGAAGACUAAGUGGGGAUUUCAAUAACGUAUCUGUGGAUUUUAUUGUCUCUUCAAUAAUUUUCUAGCGGGGGUGAUCCUGUCUUUAACAGGACAUAGCCAUGAAUCUAUUAUUACAAUCAUGGAAAUAAGUUGCAUAGGCUAAGUGUCAAGAUAUAAUCAGUGGACAGAUAAGAUAAGCUGUUGAAAUGUGUAGUAAGAAAGUAGGUUAUUUGUAAAAAAAUUAUAAUGUAUGAAUCUUCAAUUUACGAGCCCAGCUCUUGUCGGUGCAGCUCCUUCCGUUUACGCCUAUCUAGCGCCAACUCCUAAACUUCCUUAUACGUCACAACUAAUCAAGCAAUCAAAAUAUUCACAACAACAUUCACCUUCUCUUUAAUUUGCUUGAUGUAGCUAUAUCUUGGACGACCCAUUCCCCUCUUUCCUUCGACUUUCCCUUCCACGAUGUUUUUGAUUAAAUCGUCGUAACGUAUAAGGUGUCCUAUUAUUUUUCCUCUCCUGUUCUCUGUGUUAUGCAAUAGUUGUGAUUG